AUGGGUGGAAUGAUCUCUCUUUUCAUUCUUCUUCUAACAAUUCUUUUCCAUAUAUCCCUAUUGCCAAACUCAGUCACUGCUGUUAAUCCAAGUGGGUUUAGCAUGAAGAUCUUUCAUAGAGACUCCAAAGAAUCACCUUUAUAUCCAGGCGAUCAUUUAACACAAGAAGAAAGAUUGAAAAGACUCAUCCAACAAUACAAAAAUAGAUCAUGUUACAUUGGGAGUAAAAUAUCAAGUUUAAAUAACUCGAUAAACGCACUUUUUCCUGUGACUUACGAUGGUUCUGGAUCAUAUGUUGCAGCGGUGGGAAUGGGUACUUUUGUUGGUCCAGAACCUUACAAGCGACACUAUUUAAUGGUUGAUACUGGUAGCCCACUUACAUGGAUUCAAUGUCAAGGUGCUACUUCUUCUUUCCCUCAACAACAACCCCUUUAUCCUGCAACAAGUUCAAGUACGUAUCAACCUCUUAGGUGUAACAGGAGAAGAAUGGGUACCAUCGAAAACCCUGAUUGCUACCCAGGAUUAUGUGAUGAUCAAGGCAUGUGUACUUACGAAAGAAUUUACGAGGACGGUACAUCUACAACAGGUAAAUUGGCUAAAGAAAAAUUCACUAUAAAUUCAGAUUACCGUCGGCUUGAAUCUUUUAUUAUUGUCAUGGGUUGUGGACUUAACCAAGUGAACAUGGCUGGUAGCCAACCUGAAGUUUUUUCUGGAACACUCGGUCUAAGUGGAGGAUCUAAGUCUUUAGUAAAAUAA